UUCGUUGGCUUCUGUGUGUGCAUCUGGCUCACAAUCCCAACAAAACAAAGCAAAAACUCCAAAAUUAGCGCAAGAAAGGAAUAAUAAAUUCCUGUCCGAUUAAAAUUAAUUCCAGCUACUUGGUAGCACCUCAAAGUGUUCAAAUACAAUUACCUCAAUCCGUGUUAGUGUAUUAGAAAACACCCCCCAAGGAUGGCAGGCUUCUCGCUCAAGCUGAAAACCAAAACGGGUCAGCAGCACAUCGUCAGCAAUCUGGAGCAAAGCACUACGGUGCGUAAUCUGAAGGGGAAGAUAAGCGAGCUGACUAAAAUUCCGGCGAACGUGCUACAUGUAGUGUUGGGCUUCCCACCGUUUAAACAGUUGGACUUUAGCAAGGAAGACGACUUAAUAUCGACCAUCGGCAUCAGCAACGGGGACACGUUGAUCGUAGAUGAGAAACAGCUGAGCGAAGAGGAACGCCAGCAGCAGGCUGCCAUCAAGCGCAUGGAGGAGGACGAGAAGUUGGCAAUGGAGUUGGCUGCCCAGGGCGAAGGUAGCAAUGGAAUUCUGCUGAAGCAAGUUGUUCCCAGUGAUAACUCGUGUCUGUUUACGAGCAUCGGGUAUGUGCUCACGGGGAAGGUGGAUCCGGAUAACAGCCAGUACAUGCGCCAGAUCAUUGCUUCCACGGUCAAUGCGGACAAGCGGGAGUACAACGAGGGCAUCCUAGGCCGACCGAACGACGAGUACUGUGCCUGGAUUUUGCAACCGGAGUCCUGGGGUGGAGCGAUUGAGGUUUCGAUUCUUUCCGCCUAUCAUGGGAUCGAGUUUGACGUUGUGGACAUUACCAAUGCCAUCAUCAACCGCUUUGGAGAGGACAAGAAUUAUGGCAUGAGAGCGUUCCUGCUGUUUGAUGGGAUUCAUUACGAUCCGCUGUUCCUGGAAUCGACAUCGGGUGAACCUCCGAAGACGAUCUUCCCGAUUGAGGACAACGGCGUAUACGUACAGGCCGAACAGCUAGCCAAUGAAGCCAAAUCGUCGCGCCAGUUCACCGACGUCAAUCGGUUCACUCUCAAGUGCAUCGAUUGCGACUGCUUGCUGAAGGGACAGGUGGAAGCGCAGCAGCACGCGAAGAAAACCGGACACGUCAACUUCGGCGAAGUUUGACUGACUUAGGACUGGCAAGAAUUGUAGGAAAGGUUUGCGUGGAAAAGCAUUUUGCAUGUUUUUAAAUAGUACUAAUUUAGCGUUUCAAAUUUGGAAUAAUUCUGCUGUUUUACGGAAAGACAUUCACUAGCCUUGGAUUAACAUUA